AUGGAUGACAAGAUGGCAGCCAUGGAAGAAAUUGAGGCCAUAAUGGUUGACGAAUCCAAACCUGACUCAAUGAUCCUUCAGGUGCUGCAGGACCUGGCCAACCACUUGCACAUCCGAUCCAUCCAGGACACAUGUGCCUUGAGCUAUGGCCACCCCACAUCCUGCAGCAGUGCCGCCGAGAUUUUGUCUGUGCUCUUCUUCCAUGUCAUGAAGUACAAGCAUUCAGAUCCCGAGAGCCCAUACAAUGACCGAUUCAUCCUCUCCAAGAGACUAUCUCUGCUUGAUAUGGUGACCAAGUGGCUUGGAAAGGGUCUGGGGGCUGCCUGUGGAAUGGCAUACACUGGCAAGUACUUUGACAAAGCCAGCUAUCGCGUGUACUGCCUCCUGGGAGAUAUGGAGUCCGCCAAGGGCUCUGUCUGGGAGGCUUUGGCCUUCGGGUCCUACUACAAUCUGGAUAAUCUUGUGGCAAUCUUCGAUGUGAACCACCUGAGCCACAGCACUGGCAUAUCCUUAGAGCUUUGCAUUGACACCUACCAGAAGCGCUGCGAAAACUUUGGAUGGAACACUUACGUGGUGGAUGGCUGUGAGGUGGAUGCACUGUGCGAAGUGUUCUGGCAGGCGGCUCAAGUGAAAAACAAGCCCACAGCUGUGGUUGCCAAGACCUUCAAGGGCUACGGGACCUCAAGUAUUGAUGCAGAAAGUUGGCAUGGAAAGCCAAUGCCAAAGGAGAGAGCAGAUGCAAUUAUCAAGGUGAUUGAGAGCCAGAUACAAACCAACAGGCGUCUUGAGCCCAAAGCUCCUAUUGAAGAUUCCCCAGAAGUCAACAUUUCAGAUGUUGAAAUGACCUCUCACCCUUUUUACACUGUUGGGUGGAAGGUAUCUACUCGAAAGGCUUUCGGGCUCACUCUGGCUAAACUGGGUCACAUCAAUGACCGUGUUGUUGUACUAAAUGGUGACAGCAAGAACUCCACCUUCUCAGAGCUCUUCAAAAAUGAGCACCAGGAGUGCUUCAUUGAUUGUUCCAUUGCCGAGCAGAGCAUGGUGAGCGUGGCUCUGGGCUGUGCCACACGUGGUAGAACCAUUGCCUUUGCCUGCUCCUUCUCUGCCUUUAUGACCCAUGCAUUUGAUCAAGUCUGCACGGGGGCCAUCUGCAACUCUGAUGUCAACAUCAUGGGCUCUCACUUAGGAGUGUCCGGGGGGGAAGAUGGUCCCUCCCAAAUGGCGCUGGAGGACCUGGCCAUAUUCCGGAACAUUCCUAACUGCACUACCUUUUACCCGAGCGAUGCUGUCUCUACUGAGUAUGCCGUGUUCCUGGCAGCCAUUACCAAGGGGAUCUGCUACAUCUGAAUCAGCCGCCCUGAUAUGGAUGUCAUCUACAAUCCGCAGGAGAACUUCAAAGUUGGGCAGGCCAAGGUCGUGCGCCAUAGUAAGGAGGACAAAGUCACUGUUAUUGGAGCUGGAGUGACCCUUCACGAAGCCUUGGUGGCUGCUGACAUCCUCCAUAAAAAAGGGAUUUUUAUCCGUGUCAUCACUGUGAAGCCCCUGGAUACCAUGUCAGUCAUCACCAAUGCCAGGGCCACCGGUGCCAUCAUCACUGUGGAGGACCACCACUUUGAAGGUGGCAUUGGAGAGGCUGUGUCUUCGGCCAUCUGCAUGGAGCCUGACAUCAUCAUCCAUCAGAUGGCAGUGUUUGGGGUGCCCCAGAGUAGAAGGGAGAGUGAGCUGCUAGACAAGUACGGAAACAGCGCCAAGUAUAUUGUCAAAGCUGUGGAGCAUCUUCUGAAGCUCCAGUGAAGCAGGCUGCCUUCUGACCUUCAAACCUAUGUUGUUGAUCUUCAUUGUUCUCAUAGAAAAUCAAUUUUGUUCCCUUCCUAUUCCUGUUAGCCACAUCUCUGGAGAUGGGCUUCAUUAUCCCUGUUGGGCUACAAUGUUGGGCGUA